AACUUAAUUUGUCGUCUGUGCUCUUCAAUUAUUUAUGUUUUUGUGGGAGGAGAAAUUUCGAAAUUAUUUUAUUUAUUUAAUAUAAAAUAAAAUUUCAAUUACUUUAGAAUGUCUUCUCCACCACCUACCAAACCUCCUCGAGGUGUUAAACAGGGUAAAGAGACGAGUGGACUGCUCAUGUCAGUGAUCCGUACUUUGUCAGCGAGUGAGACAAAUGAGCAGAGGGAGAAAGAGAGAGCUAAACUGGAGAAGGAGUAUAAGAAGAGUGAUGCAAGACUUGAUGAGCUUGUAGCGGCUCAUGCUCAGGAGAUGACGGAUGUUAUGCAAAAGUUCAGUGCGGUGAGCGCGGCGCUGGGCGCGUGGGGGCAGCACUGCGCGGCGGCGGAGGCGCGGCUGGGCGCGUGUCGCGCGCUGCUGCGCGUGCGGCGCGACGACCUGCGCCGGCUGUGGGCCGACGCGCGCACGCACCACCACGCGCUGCGCAUGCUCACCGACAUUGAGCGCGUGGUAGUGUCGGAGCGAGAGGCGCGCGAGCUGACGGCGGCGGGGCGCGUGCUGGCCGCCGCGCACGCGCUGCAGGCGGCGCUGCUGACGGCGCGCACGGAGCUGCCGCACGUGCACGCGCUGUCGGCGACAACUGCGCACCUGGAGGCUAAGAAGAAAGAGCUGGUGGACAUCAUAGUGCGGCGCAUCAGCGAGGCAGUGUACCGCGACGAGCGCGCGCCGCUCAGCCGCAGGGUGUCGGCCAGGAGGCGAACGGCUCUGCUGCUCGCCGAAUUAACAAAGAGCGAGGAAGUGACAGAUGCAUACUUACAAGACAUAACGCCUGAGUUCGAAGCGUCACUUACUGAGGACGACAAAACGUUCGAGACCACCGUCAUGAUAUCGCUGGAGGCUUUGGGGGUCCUGGAGCAGUUGAAAGAGGCUACAGAGAAAUUUAAAGUCCAAAUUCAAAACGAACUGUUAGAGGUAAUAGAUUCGGUGUCCCGACGUAUCAUAGAUGACGUGGAAAUAGAAGCGGACCUCGAGGGUGAAGAGGAUGGAGAAGUGUGUGAUGCGGAAGAAGUGACGGAGAUGGGGAGACCGCUGGCGAGGCUCGUGAGCUGCUUAGCUGAGGAGUUCAAAGCUUGCGGGACGAGGAAUAAACGGUUAUUGCAACUAUGGCGGGCUGCGUUGCAGAAACAUCGCAUAUCGGAGCAAUGUCUCCACACAGAGCAGCACUACUGGAGUGCGGUGCAACAAGUCAUGCAAUUGCUUCUGACGGAGUACCUCGAGAUAGAAAGCGUGAACCUGGCCGCCGUGCGCGCGAGUAGCGUCGCGCCCGACGCAGGCGCUGACCUUCGCCUCGCGGACUACUUCGCCAAGAAGCGUCCACAGCGACGGCGUGACAAACUGUUUAAGCUCACUGCGGCGCCAGUCGCGCCCGACGCAGCGGUGUCGCGCCGGCAGCGCUACCCGCUGGUGUGUCGGCCGCAGCCCGCGCUGCUGCACGCCGUGCUGCCGGCUCUACACGCGCUCUGCGCACAUUUAGAGAGGCCCGGCGGCGGCGAGUGUUCACUGCGGGCAUUCAUAUCGGACUACGUGCGGUGGGGGGAGAGCGAGCGGCUGGCGCGCCACACCCGCGCACUCAUCGACGCCGCCAUGCGCGCGCCGGCCGCGUGGCGCGAGAACUGCCUGCCGCCGGGGGACACCGUGGGGUCGCGGCCCGUGUUCGCGUGCUGCGCGGAGGCGUGGGGCGCGCUGCGGGCGUGCGCGCGCGCGGCGCGGCGCUGCGGUGGCUGCGGCGGCGCGGCGGCGCUGCGCGUGCUGGGCGGCGCGCUGGACGCGCUGCUGCAGCACGCGCGCGCCGCGCACGCGCGCCUGGCGCCCGCCGCGCCCGCGCGCGCCGCCCGCUGGCUGGCCGACGACGACAUCGUGCGCUUCCUGCAGGCGCUGCCCAACUACCGCGCCGCCGUCGACCGCACGCACUACACCGACAAGGAGCUGAAGCAAGCGUACGAGCGCGAGGCUGAGAUUCUGGGCACAAGUCUGGGCGACGGGGAGGUGUCCAAGCGGGAGAUAGUUGCCGACAUCAACACUCUCGUGGAUCUAGCUCUUCUCUGUGAGAGUAUGUAUUGGCUAAGCGCGAAUAUCAAAACGCUGCCGGCUAUCGCGAGCGCCCCGUCUGGUGUGGGCGGCGGGCUGAAGCUGAAUGACAAGUUCACGGCGCACAUAGCCGCCGCCGCGAGCAACUUCGAGAGUGUCGCGCACAAGUGUCUCUUGUUCCUGCACCUGGAGAUGCGUAUCGAGUGCUUUCACUACCUGGGCCAAGAGGAGAAGGUGGAAGGGUCGGAGAGCUCGGAGCAGUCGGGCGGAGCGGGCGGUGCCUCGCGCCUCGCUCACCGCCUGCUGGCCUUCCACGAGCAUGCCUCCACGCUACUGGCAGACUCUGCUUUGGCGUACAUUAUGAGCGGCGUCGGUGAGAUGAUGUCUGCUGCGGUGGUGUGGCGCUGGCAGAGCGAAGCGGGCGCGGCGGGCGCGGGUGGCGGCGCGCGGCUCGCGGCGCUGCGCCACUGCCUCGCCGCGCUGUCGCUGCCGCACGACGGGCUGCACGCCGCGCACGCCUACCUGCACCUGCUGGCGUGCACGCCGGAGGAGAUAAUAACGUCGGUGCGCGAGAAGGGCCCGCAGUUCUCUGAGCUGGAGUACCUGAACGCGUUCAAAGUGAUCGGCGCCCGGCGCGGCCUGUCGCCGACGGACAUGCGCGCGCAGCUGAAGCAGCUGUCCGCCGCGCUCGGACACGUCGGCGUCACUGUUUGAGCUGAUGAACGUGACGGGCGACAGUGAUUGUACCAUCAUCUCGUGGUAGAGGAAACAUCUCGAGCAGGUCCUAGGACUUGUGACUUUGGGUGUAGGUUUAAAGGAUCAUUAAAUGACAUCAAUUUAUGUUACAUUAUGAUAGAUUAUUUAAUAAAUCUGAUUCAUUUAUAAACAUACUUGGAACCUUUUGUAUUCAAAUAAAUGGUAAAUUUAUAAAUUUAUUUUACAUUAUAAAUUAUAAAUGUAAACCUGUAUUAUAGAACAGAAUAAGUAAUAAGAUGUUAUAUUUUAUUUGUACGUAACGUAUUAUUUAAUUAAAUAAUUUAAUUAUUA